CAUAUGCCGGAGGCUUAUAGGACGGCCUCCCACUCUUCUGGUGAGUCUUAUUAUUCAAAUAUAGUUAGAACACUGCGGGUUGGCGGGCGUCCGAUGAGUCCGUCCAACAAACAAGCCGUUGUUAUUCCGGUCAGAAAUACUGACGCCUCUAAUCUUUAAGAUAAGGGGAAAGGACCGGCCCUUGACGGUUCUCCCGUUCUUUCUGACGAUGAAUCUUCCCCAGCCUUUGGGAGGAUGUCAUCGGCCGACCGCGAGAAGCUCAAGCUGGAGCUUUUCAAGUGCUUUCCUGAACCCUACAUCAAGGGGUUGAGGGGAGCAUCAUCAGGGCAUGUAGGAUACAUGUCUCAACUUGCUGCCGAGCUCUUUGCUCGCAGCAUGCUAACCGAGGACUGGGCGAGAGCGUUUUGAAAAGAAAAUAAGAAGCUCGUCCAGGACGUGCCGCGGCUGCAGACCAUGCUCAGUUCGUCAUGGCCAAGCAAGAGGUGCUGCAUCAGCAAACCAAGAUUGCUUGGGAAAAACGGUCAGCCGAAAUGGAAUCCCAGAACAAAGUUUAUCUCUUUCGGCUGACUGAGAUGCUGGACGAGAGGGCGUCCUUGGAACGUGCUCUAACGGACGAGAGAAACUCAGUCACAACAAUGGCUGCUGAGUUCUACAAGGAGAACCUCGUCCUGAAGGUAAAAAACCAAGCCCUCCGAGCUGAAGUCGCGGUCACGGUUGAAGCGGCCAAGGAGGCUAUGAACACCGUCAUAGAUACCUCAAAGGAGUGGGCCGUGCAGGCUUUUGGAAUGAUGGCCGAAGAAGAAGAUAUUCCCAGAUAUGCUCGCCGGUUGGAGUUCAAAGAAAGCUUGCACAAGGCUAACAUAUCAGGGGAAGAACCACCCGUCUUCCAAGAAUCUUCUGAGGACGAAGAAGAAGAACAAGACGUGGAGGCCCAGGACGAAGAAGACAUGCCCCUCCUGCCGCUUAAUUUCCUCUUGCUUUAUCUUGGCCGCGAGCCACUUGUACUUGUACUUUUUUUGUACCUUUUUGUACUUUUUCCUUAAACUAGCUUGUAGUUUAGUUUUUUAGAGUAGCUUGU